CGCCAGAACAAUUCAGAGGCUUCCGCAGUCCCAAGGACGAGCUGUCAGGGAAUAGUCAAGACUCACGUGAAAUCACUCAACUUGCAAGUGUGAAAGACAGGGUUUGAACCCAGGACCCACAUCCAGCUGUCCCAGACUGCUCCUUGCUGCCUACCGGAGUCACAGCUUAGUGUCUUCGAGAGGCAAUAUGUCAGAGGGGGUGGGCACAUUCCGAAUGGUCCCUGAAGAGGAGCAGGAGCUCCGGGCACAGCUGGAGCAGCUCACAACCAAGGACCAUGGUCCCGUCUUUGGCCUGUGCAGCCAGCUCCCUCGCCACACUUUGCAGAAGGCCAAGGAUGAGCUGAAUGAGAAGGAGGAGACCCGGGAGGAGGCCGUGAGGGAGCUACAGGAACUGGUACAGGCUCAGGCAGCUUCAGGGGAGGAGUUGGCCCUGGCGGUGGCCGAGAGGGUCCAGGCCAGGGACAGCGCCUUUCUCCUGCGCUUCAUCCGUGCUCGCAAGUUCGACGUGGGCCGCGCUUAUGAGUUGCUCAAAGGCUAUGUGAACUUCCGGCUCCAGUACCCUGAGCUUUUCGACAGCCUGUCCAUGGAGGCCCUCCGCUGCACUAUCGAGGCUGGUUACCCCGGCGUCCUCUCCAGCCGGGACAAGUACGGCCGAGUGGUUAUGCUCUUCAACAUUGAAAAUUGGCACUGCGAAGAAGUCACCUUUGAUGAGAUUUUGCAGGCAUAUUGUUUCAUUUUGGAGAAACUGCUGGAGAAUGAGGAAACACAAAUCAAUGGCUUCUGUAUCGUUGAGAAUUUUAAGGGCUUCACCAUGCAACAGGCGGCGGGACUCCGCCCCUCGGAUCUCAAGAAGAUGGUGGACAUGCUCCAGGAUUCAUUCCCAGCCAGGUUUAAAGCUAUCCACUUCAUCCACCAGCCAUGGUACUUCACCACCACCUAUAAUGUGGUCAAGCCCUUCUUGAAGAACAAGUUGCUACAGAGGGUCUUUGUCCACGGAGAUGACCUCGACAGCUUCUUCCAGGAGAUUGACGAGAACAUCUUGCCUGCUGACUUUGGGGGUACACUGCCCAAGUACGAUGGCAAGGUGGUUGCUGAGCAGCUCUUUGGCCCCCGGGUCCAAGUUGAGAAUACAGCCCUGUGAGGAGACACCCUACCAUAUGAUCUGUGUUAGCAUCUUAGCCCUUCCUCAACUUUCCUGAACCCAAGACUGGGAACAGAAAUGCCCGAGGUGACUGUGGCUUCCCCAAACUUCCUAGGUUUAGGAGAGCUUGAGUGGCCCCUCAUUCCAAACUGACAUAGAGGGUAGCUGAGGCGAGGGAGUUAUAGUCCCACCUGCCUCUGCAGUUACAGGGCAGUGACAAUCCUGUGAGAAGCUGGAUUUCAAAGACUAAUUAGGUGUCUCCGCCAUUUCCUUUGUAGCCGCUUUGAUACUUCGUGUGUGUAAGGUGGGGUUGGAAGCCCACCCACAAUUCUGUAUAAAAGAAGGGAGGCUUGAAGCACGAAUGGUUUGACAAACUCAGCAGCUGCAGCAGGCAAGGGGUUUCCCACCCAGAAUUCCAGGGAGGGAGCAGCCUCGAAACAGUCACAUUUGGGGGUGACCUGCUGCUGAGUGCCCUAGGAGCUAAGAGCCUAAGAUCUUUCCAGGGUGGAGGUCACAUCCCUUCCUCUCCACCUAGCUUAGGUGUGGUCCUUGGGGUGGGCUCCCCUUCACUAGAAGGUCUCUUUGCCUUGUUGGGUGGGUUUUGCUUAAAUUUGUAUUAUC